AUGGAUUUACAUUUAAAAAAAAAUUAUUAUGAAGUUUUGAAUGAGGUUAUGAACAUUAAAAAAAAAGUAAACUCUAAUUUUGAUUUAAAUGAGAAAACAAAUAAAAAUAAUAAAUUAAUAGAUAAAAUAAAUUGUAAUAAUAAAGAUGAAAUAGAUGACAAGAACGACGUAAGUUUAGAUAAAAGUAAAAAUAGCAUUACCACUAUAGAAAAUAAUGAAAAAAAAGAUUUAGAUGAUCAUGCCUAUUUAGAUAAUUCUGAUGAAAUUUAUGUUAAUAAUUAUGAUGAUAAUUAUACAUUAAUUAAUAAUAAAGAAAAAAUAGAAGAAAAAUUAACUAUAAUGAAAAAUGAAAGUAGAAAUAAUGAAAUUAUGAAUAAAAGUUUCGAACAAAGUAAUAAAAAAAAUGAGGUUAAAAAUAAAGAUAUAGAAAACAAAAAUGAGAAUAAUAGCAAAUUUAUAACAAAUAAUUUUGUUGAAAAAGAGCAUAUGUCAAAUAAAGUGGAUAAUAAAGAAACAAAUAAUAAUGAAAAGAUAGGAAGUGAUAAGAAUGAGUGUAAUAAAGAGGAAAUAAAAUUUGAAAAAAAAAAAAAAAAAAGCGAAAAAUUAAAAAAAGAAAGACAGAAUGAAAUAAUGGUUGCUUAUUGGUUAAAGGGUAUUAUUAAUAUAUUAAACGAAGGAUUUAGAAGUGGAGAUAUUAAAGGAAGUCAUUUAGUUGGAAGAAAAAUUGUAGAGGUUUUAAAAAAAGUGGUUGAAAUAUCCCAAUGGAACAGUGUACAUGAUUUAAUUGAAAUUAUAAAAUAUUUAGGAAAAGAAAUUAUAAAAAAUAAUAAAAUGUACUUUGUUAUACCUAAUAUAAUACGAAGAGUAUUAACUAUAAUAAGAACAGAACAUUUUAAACAACUAUAUUUAUAUAAUAAUAAUUAUAUUGAUAAUUUAAAUAAAAGUAAAGAUAUAAAUAAUAAAUUAAAUAACAAAUCUACUAAUAAUAACUUAAUAUACGAACGAGAGAUUAAAAAUUUUGAGAGAUCUUUUUCUCUUUAUUUCGAAAAUACAUGUAAUGACAACACUUAUAAAAUACCAGCAACUAAUACAUUGAAACAUUCUAUUAUUGAAGGAAUAACUGAAUUAAUGGCAGAAAUAGAUAUAUCAUGGGAGGAAGCUGAACAAAGAACUUCUUAUGAUUUAUUCAUGGAAAAUGAUGUUAUUUUAACAUUAGGAUAUUCAGUUGGGGUUGAAAGAUUUUUAAAAACAAUUAAUAAAAAAAAAGAUGGUAUUUCCGUAAUAGUUGUUGGAGGAGAUAUAAAUAGAAGUGGAUUCCGAAUGGCUAAAUUGCUAAGUGAAGAUGGAGUUGAUACAACAUAUAUUUCAGAUUCAGCAGUUUUUGCAGUUAUACCGAAAGUCACAAAAGUUGUUUUAGGAUCAGUAGCUGUUUCAUCUUCAGGAGGGGCAAUCACAAAAGUUGGAGGUUAUAACAUUGCAUGUUCAGCACAAUUCAAUUGCAAACCUGUAACUAUUGUGUUGCCUUUAUUUAAAUUAAUAUAUGUUCCUUUAUAUGAUCCUUUAAGACAAAAUGAAUUACAACCAGGCCCAUCUAUGAUUUAUAAUGAUACUGAAAAUUUGUAUGUUCGAAUUCCCAAGUAUGAUUAUAUACCUGAACAUUUAAUAACUUUAUAUAUAACUGAAAUGGGUCCAGUAGACUCUUUUCAAUUAUAUAAUAUUACGAAAAAAAAAUAUCAUCCAGAUGAUUUGGAUUUGAGUUUUGAUUAA